ACAGCCCUUUCCUCCCAUCACAGUCACUUGCUCUGACACCACAGGAGAAAAGGCUACAUCUCUCCCUGCAGAGCAGAGUCCAGGGCCUCCCCAGGGCAACAUUAGCAAAAAGAGCAAGCUCCAGGGACCACCACGAUGCCUGUCUCUGCCAACCAGCCCUGCCUGCCUCGGCCUUCCCUACUGCUGCCUCUGCUGCUGGGACUCACAGGAGUGACAGGUGAGCAGGAGCUGCAGGUGACUCAGCGUGAGACAUUGGUGUCAGUUGCGGCUGGAGAGGCGGUCACUCUAUCCUGCGUUGUCUCCUCUCCACAACCCGUGGGUCCCGUCCAGUGGUUCAAGGGGAAUGGACCAGAUCGGCAAUUAGUCUACAGUUUCCAAGGAGGCGUAGACCGCGUACGCCUCUUCCCCCGAGUAACAAAUGUUACAGACCAGACAAUAAGAGGUAACACGGACUAUUCCAUCCGCAUCAGGAACAUCACCCCAGCAGACGCCGGCACCUACUUCUGUGUCAAGUUCAGGAAGGGGAGCCCUGAAAACGUGGAGUUUAAGUCUGGUCCUGGGACACAGGUGACUGUGAGUGCCAAGCCCUCUCCCCCAGUGGUAUUGGGCCCUUCAGUGAGGACCACACCUGAGCAGACAGUGAACUUCACCUGCGAGUCCCAUGGCUUCUCCCCCAGAGAUGUCACCCUGAAGUGGUACAAAAAUGGGAAUGAGCUCCCAGUCCUCCAGACCAACGUGGUCCCGCCGGGCGACAGCGUCUCCUACAAUGUCUCCAGCAGGACCCAGGUGACGCUGACCCGAGAGGACGUCCACGGUCAGGUCAUCUGUGAGGUGGCCCACAGUACCUUGCAGGGCUCUCUUCGUGGGACAGCCAACUUGUCUGAGACCAUCCGAGUUCCGCCCACCUUGGAGGUUACCCAACUCCCCAUUCAAGGGAACCAAGUGAACGUCACCUGCCAGGUGAAGAAGUUCUACCCCAAGAGCCUAGAGCUGACCUGGUUGGAGAACGGAAAUCUGUCCCGAACAGAUUCAGCCUCGAUCCCCACUGAGGACAAGGAUGGGACCUAUAACCUGAAGAGCUGGAUCCUGGUGAACUCAUCUGCCCACAGGAAGGAUGUGGUGCUCACCUGCCAGGUGGUGCAUGAUGGGCAGCCAGCAGUCACGAAAAGCCUGACCCUGAAGUUCACUGCCCCCUCGAAGGACCAGACCACAGAGCCAUCCCCUGAGAUGUCAACUCCAUUCCUGCUCCUUGGAGGUCUCCUUCUAGGCCUCAAGGCGCUGCUUGUCGUUGGUGUCUCUGCCGUCUAUGUCUACAGGAAACAGAGGGUCUGACUCUCCUUCCUUCCUCGUCUGAUGGCCCACUCUGAGAGAAGAUGCCUGAUGGAAGCUUCUGCAGACUCUUCUCCAUGUGCCUCAAUGCUCUGGAUACCUGCCUGCCCACACCCUCUUGCUAUUCCUUCUCACAGCCCUUAGUGCCUCCAGGUCCAGGUAUUGAUAAGUGGUUCUGAAGACUGACUCACUCCACUUCCCUAGGAUAUGAGAAAAAGUGAGGUUUCCUAAACAUAUUGAGUUAUGUCUCAUCCACUGCUGUGCGGUUCGACCAUAUGCCACAUACUGAAGUUUGUGAAGCCAAAAUUCUUCUCGUCUUCCAGAUUCCUGCCAACCCUUGACUCCCCAGCCUUGCCUUCUGAGCAUAAAUGGAUCCCUAUAUCUGUUUAAAGAAGAAAAAUUAUUCUCUUCUCCCUUUUUGCCUAAGUGUCCUACUACUCACACCCAGAAGAAGUUUUUCCUCCCCUCUCUGUGAUGGGAGUGCUAGUUCAUCUAUCAUCCUGUGUAAUGGAUUGAAUUGUGUCCCCCCAAAAUAUGUGUCAACUUGGUUAGGCCAUGUGUGGUUGUCCUCCAUUUUGUGGUUUUCCUAUGUGUUUUAAAUCAUAAUCUCUGCCUGUGGUUAAAAGGAUUAGAGUGGAAUGUAACACUCUUGCUCAGCUUACCUCCCAGAUCCAAUGUAAAAGGAGUUUCCCUGGGGUGUGACUUGCACCACCUUUUAUCUCUUGAGAAAUAAAAGGAAAGGGAAAGAAGUAGAGAGUCGGGGACCUCAUACCACCAAGAAAGCAGCACCAGGAGCAGAGUACAUCCUUUGAACUUAGGGUCCUUGUGCCUGAGAAGCUGCACCACCAGGGGAAGAUUGAAGACAAGGACCUUCCUCCAGAGCCGACAGAGAGAGUAAGACUUGCCCUGGAGCUGACUCCCUGAAUUUGGGCUUUUAGCCUACUUUACUGUGAGGAUAUGAAUUUCUCUUUUUUAAAGCCACCCACUUGUGGUAUUUCUGUUAUAGCAGCACUAAAUGACUAAGACAUCCUGCAUCCUUCCUUACCCUGUUGCUCAUGGUGAACAUGUUGUCACUGUCCAAGAGCUUUUUAUACUCCACAUUCAAUUCUACCUUUAAAAUGCUUAUAUGCAGAGAUAGACUUAUAAAUGUUUAACAGUUGACUGUUCAAAAGAAGAAGAAAAAAAUCCUGAUUUGUGGCAUUUGCCAAAUUCUGAGGUGCAAAUACUCCCAUCAUGGCCAACUUCGAACUAGUAACAGUUUAGCAACUAGAUGGAAAAAUUCCUGAAAAUUUAACAACCGGCUUUCAUGAGCCAGUACAAGCUGAGUCCAGCACAUCACUGAGUUAUAUCUAUCAUCUGUACACCUCACGUCCACCACCGCUCCCUGGGCCCAGCCACCAUCAUCUCUUCCUAGGUCAUUGGUACUCUUUAACUGGCUUCCCUGUUUCAGCUUUGCUCCUGAAGAUGCCAAAAUGAUUCUUUGGAAAUGUGAAUCAGAUCUUAUCAUUCCUCUGCUUCUUCUCCAACAUAUCUGCCUGGCUCACUCCCUCCCUUCUUUCAAGUGUCUGCUUAAAUGUUACUUUAUUAAAGCACCUUCUGUAAACAGCAGUAUAUAAAAUAUUAAUCCCCCCCCCACCUGGCAUUACAAUUUGUCUUAAUCUGAUUAGUCUUUUGUCAUAGCACUAUUGCCAUCUGACGUAGUAAAUGUGAGCAGUCUUCACUUUGUGUGGUAGGUGUUGUAUCAUAAAAACGACCAUGCGAAUUAAAACCAUGGAAAGUGAUCUUAAUAGUAAAUGGGAAAAAUAACGAUUGCUCAAUGACCUUUAUAUAUUUUUUGUCAAAACAUUAAAAACCUUCCUACUGUCAGUUAUAAAUCCAUAAAAAAAUUAAACCCAUUGCUAUUGAGUUGAUUCUACCUCAUGGUGACUACAGGCGUUAGAGAGUAGAACGGCUCCAUAGGGCUUUCUAGGCUGCAAUAUUUACAGAAGCAGUUCACUAACCUUUCUUACAUGGAGUCACUGGGUGGGUUUGAACAACCAACCUUUAGGUUAGCAGCCUAUCACAAACAUCUUGGGCCAUCCAUAUACAGGGAAAUGAGAAAAAAAAAUAGUAAAAAGCAUAUUUAUUUAGUACACUGUAAUUUAAAACUUAGGAACAUUGGGAAUUACAGUGUUUUGCUUCUUGGUAAAAAAAAAAAAAAAAAAUUUCCUAAGAGUAGUUUGCCUUCUUCUCAUUGUAUAACUUACAAUACAGAGGAAGCAUCUUGCUCCUGCCUUGUUGAGCUAUCAUACUCCGUUGGAAGAUUGAAUACACUUCCAAUAUUUUAUCCUUUGCACUUCCAAUGUUGUAAAAUCUAAGAGUACCUCUAAUGUGAAGUUUUUUGCUGGUAUCACCCCAUGUGGGACAUCUUCACCCUUUUCAUCACUACCACUUUACUCAAUUAUGUUGAUAUGUUUGCCUUCACUAAGUUCCUGUGGCUGCAUGUCUAGAGUGUAUCAAACAGCAGCCAUGUCAGCAUUUCCAUGGUCAACUAUUUCUUCUGUAAUUCCUUAUAUGUUUGAUUUGAAUUUCACUUCCAGUGCUAUCGCUUUUCCUUUCUUCUUAUACUCUAAUCUUUAUUGGCCAAUUCCCAGUUCAGAUAACUCAUUUUUGUAAAAUAUCAUGUGGGUUCAUGACUGGGAGAUAACGAGGCAACAGAUCUCCAUGCUUUGCUGCCUGUGUGUAAAGUGAAGAUGAUUCACAAAUCAAUCACCAACAGAGUUUGAAAGAAGUGAAGUGACUGGUCACUGAUUAUGAUUUUUUUAAAUAAGUAAAUUAAUAAUAUUUUAUUCAAGACAUUGGUUUAUAUUAGGUGCUGGAUUUCAAAACUAAACUUUUUUUCCCAUUCAAUCACCUAGGUCUUAAAUUCUAAAGCCCUGUCUAUAAAGACUGCUCUCUUCUUUGUGUUUAAAAAAAUUCCAUCAAAAAUUCAACAUCCUUUCAAAAGUAAGGAGAUGUAAAACAACAACAACAACAACAAUAGCAAAUCCUACAUUGAUGGAGGUAUGUCAAAUGGGACACAAAAACCAACUGAAAGAGUUCCCAGGCCAAAGCUAGGAUAAUUUGUGCAACAGAUAAGUGAAGUAGUAUUGGAUUGUAUCCCAAAGUAUAUAGUCAAUAUCCACCAGUCCAUACUGAUAUAAGUAAAUGAUUGAAUAAAUCUGUAAAUUGGUGAGAAGAGACAAAUAUUCCACCCAAUUAUUUAUAAACGUUUAUGUAGAUGUUCCACUCUAAAGGAGAAGGACAUAGCUACUACUCCUUAAAUGUGGGCUGUGAAUGCCUUCCAAAGAGUACAAAAUGCAAGGGGCUGGGGGUAUAAAUUUACAGAGGAGAAACCUGACAAACGCUACCACAUCCAAGUGAUCAAAAUCCACAUCAACAGCCCUAAAUCAUGGUUAUAGUAGGUACUCUAAAUAUGAUGUGAUGAAACUAGCACUUUACCUCUUGGGAGAAGAGAAUGUGAGUCUAGAUCAUGAACACAGUUUGGGAUAUCUGAGGCAUAGAAAUGAAGAUAUCAAAAAGAUUGUAGGAUAUAUGGAUCUACGUGAUAGUCUUGCGAUUACUUAACUAUUAAGAGGUAGAUGCAAAAUUUGAACCUGGAUUGUAUCUGAUUCCAAAGCCAGUGUUUUGACAAUUGUGCCACUAAGAAUACCACCCUCCAAAGAGCUUAGAGUCUAAUAGAAAUUGAGAAGACUCCUUGGGGUGGAAGGGAGGGUAGAAUGAUAGAAGCUGGAGGAAAGUUUCUGUCCAAUUCUCAGCAGGAGCCAUGGAUGGGUCUCCCAGUGUGGAUUUCAUCAUUCCAGAACAAUGGAAUGAGAUGCUGACAUAACAAUGGGAGGGGAAUCUUGUCAUCUCAUGAGGGCGUUCAGGUCCUACUCUGCCUUUUCCUCUUCUCUUCUGGCUUUGACAUCCAGUCUGUCCCUGAGGAGGAGAGAGCAGGGAACCAGCCACGGCAACCAGCGCCUGGCUAUGGACUCUUGGACAUUAAAAGGUCACCAACUGAGUAUGGUCUGAGAAUCUCUGGACACCACAUUUGUGCUUGGGUAAAGCCAUUCCAAAGGUGAGAGAGAAGGAGGCCAACUUGCUGGCUCCUCCCACUUUCUGGGAAUGUUGCUUUGGCCCCUCCACUCCCUUCUUCCCAUAGCUAGCCCCAGACCCAGUCACCUCUUACUUUCCCAGGCAUGUCUCUAGGUAUGUUGCUUUCCUUCCUGGAGAGUGUUACCCACAGUCCCACCUUCCCCCACAAGCUCCCCCCAUCUUCUACAGCACAAAUCAUCACCAUCUCCAAAAAUCUAACACUUUCACAACCAAACUUAAUUCCUAUGCAGGAGAGGGAAAGGAGGUGGCUCUCCAUAUUGUAUGCAGGGAUUCACUGUAAACUUGGGGGCCCACUGCAGGCAUUGCACCGGGCUCAUUUUUCACCUCCAACUGUUAGAGUCCAAUGGAAAGUAAGAAGACACGGUGGGGUGGGAGAAAGAGUAGAAUGGUGGGGUAGAAAGGGUGGAGGGAAGGGUCCUUACAGAGUCCAACUCUAUCCCCAGGAAGGUGAGGUGUAGAGAUCCUGCCCUCUCCCUCCAGAUGUGCAGGUCACUGUGGCCCAGGUAUUGGGCUCAUCCAGAAGCUGGACCAGCACUUGUCUAUUAGAAUGUUCCAGAAGCCCUUGGUCCAGCUUAUGUCUCUGGAGCUCCUGGAUAAGCAAGGGCUGUGAGAUUGAAGAGAAGCCAUGAGAUGGGAAGACGCUCUGGGAGGAGCACAAGCCUGCGGGUGUCGAGACCUCUGCUCUGGCCCCCAGGACACUUUCAUCAGCAACUUCUCAGCUUGUAGCAACCUUGUCUGUCUAAUUUAUAGUCACAAAGGGAAAGUGCCACAGUCCAAUGGCUUUUCCUCUCAUCACAAUCCCCAUUCUCUGACUUCACAGAGGCAGGAACUGUACUCUCUCCUUAGAGCACAGAGUCCCAGGCCUUUCCAAGGCAUUCAGACACAGAAAUCCCCUCAGGCCACCACAAUGCCCCAUCCCUGACCCCCUGCCCCACCUUCCUCUGCCUUCUCUCCUCCAGUCUCUGUUCCUGGGACUCACAGUUAAGUGGGGGCCUCAGGCUGUGCGUGUGGUGGGAGCCCUCUGCCUAUUUACUGUGUUAUCCUCACCCAUUGCCAUAGACUUCCUUUGGAAGUCUAGGUCAUUCCAGAAAAGGCAGAAUUUAGGGGACUCAGACUUUGAUGACUUCCAGCUUGCAAAAUCUUCCAUGGCCACCCCUGUUCCACAUCCCUUUGUUCAAGUAUGGACUCAUUUCCAUGGAUACAAGGCUGGGCAAAGCACGCAUUACAACUCCUGUCCUACAGACCCUGACCCCAGCUAUCACACUAUUUCAAAGGUUCCUGGGAACAGAGGAUCUGUCUUUUAAGUUAAUUGUUGUUGUUAGUUGUCAUCUAGUCGUCAGACUACAUGUAUGCAGAGUAGAGCUGGUCUAUAGAGUUUUCAAGGCUGUGGCUUUUCAAAUGCAGAUCACCAGGUGCCACUGGGUGGGUUUGAUCCACUAAACCUUUGGCUAGUAGUUGACUGCUUAACUGUUUGUACCUCCCAAAUGCUACCUCCUCAAUGUAGAAAAAUGUUUGAAAAUGUGAAAUUAUAGACCAAGAAAAUAAUCCACAAUGCCUCCACCCACAAAUAUUCACUGUUAAUAUGUUGCAGAGGCUUAUGUGCUCACAGACCACUUUGCCAGAAGUGGUCACUAUAGAAGUUUCACCAGGUCAGUGACUGGGCUAAGCACCACUAGCGCCCCAACAGGCUACUUACUGGGUCUGCCCAGUUCUGCCUGUACUUGCUACAAAAGCUGAAUAAGCCUGUAUUGUCUCGCCCCUAGAGCCAUUGGUUUUUGGCAGAGGCUUUGAGUACCAAUUGCCACAGUGCAUAUCUUGAGGGAUUCAGACCAGAUGAAACAGGAAGCAAGACCAUUUUCUGAGUACGAGGAAGGUGGGUAUUUGAGGAACAGUAAAAGAUCUUAGACACCCAGUCCCAUUGGAGAAUUUUACAAAGCAUUUAAAGAAUACCAAUUUGACACAUCUCUUCCUGAAAAUAGAAGAAUAGUUUCCAACUCAUUUUAUGAGGCCAAUAUUACCUUGAAACCAAAACCAAAGACAAUCCAAAAAAAAAGAGAAAGCUACAAAUCAAUAUAUCUCAUGAACUUAGAUGCAAAAAUCCUUAAUAAAAUAUUAGCAAAUCAAAUUAAGAAGUGUUGAAAAGAAUUCCACACCAUGACCAAGUGGGAUUUAACCCAGGCAUGCAAGGCUGUUUCAACAUUUGAAAAUCAGUCAUCAUAAUCCUUCAUAUUAAUAGGCUAAAAAGAAAAAUUAUAUGAUCAUAGCAAUUAUAGUAGAUAAAGGGUUUUACAAAAUCCAACACCCAUUCAUGAUAAAAACUCUCAGCAAACUAGGAGUAGAGGAAAACUCCCUCAACUUGGUAAGGAGCAUCUGUGAAAAUGCCACACCUAACAUCAUACUUAAUGAUGAAAGACUGUGUACUUUCUCCCUAAGACUGAGAAUAAGGCAACACUGUGAUGGACGUUCUAGUCAUUGCAAUGAGACAAAAAAAAAAAAAAAGAAAACUCGUAUAGAUUGGAAUGGAAGAAAUAAAAUUUCCUCUCUUUGCAGAUAACAUAAUUGUCUACAUUGAAAAUCCCAAGAAAUCUACUAAAAAGUCUCUAAAGCUAAUAAGUGAGAUCAGCAAGAUGGUAGGAUACAAGAUGAACACAUAAAAACCAACUACAUUACUACAAACUAAAAACAAACAAGUAAAAAACAGUGUCAUAUACAACCGCCCAAAUGAUAAAGAGAUACUUAGGAAUUAAUCUAACUUAAUCCUAAAAAAUGAACAAGAUUUGAGUUGUGAAAAUUACAAAAUGCUUCUGAAACAAAGACAAAAAUACAAGCUAUGCACUGGGAGAAAAUAUUUGCAAACUGUAUAUCCAACAAAGAUUUUUAUCUAGAAUAUAUAAAGAACUCUCGAAAUUCAACAGUAAAAAAAAAGGAAAUACAAUGAGAAAAUGGACAAAAGGCUUGAAUAGACAUUUCAUUGUAGAAGAAAUGCAGAUGAGAAAUAAGCACACGAACAGAUGUUCAACCUCACAAGCCGUUAGGGAAACGCACAGCACACUAACCACAGUGAGAUAUCGCUAUACUUCCUUCAAAAAGGCUAAAAUAAACAUGAUAACACCAAAUACAAGAAUUUUGAGAAAGAGGAUCACCCACUUAUUGCUGAUGAGAAUGUAAAAUGGCACAACCACUCUGGAAAACAAAUUAGCAGUUUCUUAAAAACUAAACAUGCAACUACUAUAUGACACAGCCACUUAUGUUCACACAAAAACCUGUACUUGAAUGUUUAUAGUGUCUUUAUUUAUAACAGCACCAAACUGGAAACAACCCAGAUGUCUUUCAAAGGGUGAAUGGUUAAACUAUGCUACCUCCAUACCAAGCAAUACUGCUCAGCAAUAAAAAAAGAACAAACUAUUGAUUCUUAUGCCAACUUGCAUGGAUCUUUGAGGAAUUAUGAGGAGUGAAGAAUUACCUAAUCCCUAAAGGUUACAUGCUUAUGAUUUCAUUUUGACAACAUUCAUGAAAUGACAAAAUUAUAGAAAUGGAGGAUAGAUUAAUGGGUAACAGGUGUAUGAAGGAGUCCCUGGGUGGUGCAAAUGGUUAAGCACUUGAUUAUUACCUGAAAGGUUAGUGCUUUGGACACACCCAGAGGCAACUCGGAAGAGAGCCCUGGAGAUCUGCUUACAAAAAGUCACAGCCUUGAAAACCCCAUGCCAAAAAAAAAAACCAAACCCAUUGCCAUUGAGUCAAUUCUGACUCAUAGCGACCCUAUAGGACAGAGCAGAACUGCCCCAUAGAGUUUCCAAGGAGCAAGUGGUAGAUUUGAACCACUGACCCUUCCUUCAGCAGCCACAGCACUUAGCCACUAUGCCAACGGGGUUUCCAUGGAGCAGUUCUAAUCUGCACACAUCGGGUCACCAUGAUUUGGAAUCCAGUGGACAGCCACUAACAACAAAAUGACAGAGGAGGGGGGAAUUGGGUGUGGUUAUAAAAGGGCAAUCUGAAGGAUUCUUGUGUUGAUAGGCUGUUCUAUAUCUUGAUUGCGGUGGUGGAUACAUGACACUACACUUGUGAUGAAAUUUCAUAGAACAAAAUACAUACACCCAGGCACAAUCACAAACGAGUGCAAGUAUAACUGAGGAAGCCUGAACACAGCCACUGGAUUAUAUUCUGAUUGUGAUGUUGUACUGUAGUUUGGCAAGGUAUUAUUUUUGAAGAAACCUGAAUAACGAGUUCAGGAUAUCUGUCCAUAAUUUCUUACAACUCCAUUUGAAUCUACAAUUUAUCUCUAAAGAAAAAGUUUAAAAAAUUGUAAUUAGUAUAGACACUCAAAGAAGUUCUUUAUAAAUCAAAUAUGCAAGGCUAUAAUUCUGCUGAAAAUAAAGUGACUCAAUUAAAGUUCAGUCAAGUCACCUGGGAAGAAAGAAAACAAAAGAAAAAUAAUUAGGCAUUCGAUUCCAGAGCCCUAUGCUCUAGGGACCACAAACAGGACAGAAAAGGGCAAAGUCCUGCCGAAAAUAGAAAGCCAUAUCCUUUUAUAAUUUGAGUCUCCAAAGAGAUAGCUUCAUGCAGUAGCCUCUUUGCUAACAGCUUUUUAUGGAAAAUGAAGGACGAACCAAAAAGGUGGAUGGGAAAGUGAAAUCCUGCUUAUUGCUUGUGAGCAAGUCCAUCAGUGUAUUGUAUAACUUGACAGUGGAUGAAUGAAACCUCCAGGCAGGACAGAAACUAAAAGUCCAGUGCCUUAACCUCUUUGUAGCAGGUCACUGUUGGGCUACAAGGGGCAAAACCAAUAUAUCUACCAUGGCCACUGAGUAACUUCUUGCUCUUACUUGUAUUAAUCAUGGUAGGCUUGGUUAUGCUGCAUUAAAGAAUAAAUCCCAAUUCUCAGUGGCUUAAAACAAUACGAUUUAUUUCUUUAAAAAAAAAAAAAAAAAGAUAUUCUCUUGAAAACUGUUGAAUUCGCUAAUGUUGUGACAUAUUUUUUUACAACAAUCAAAAAAGGUAUGAAGGCUAUAGGAAUGAUACUAGGAUCGCAGGUAUUUCCUUAGAAAUGAACUGCACAAUUGAGAAGGGAUUUGCUGAUGCCAUAGCUCUUGUGGAAAGACUGAGAAAUUCCACAAUGCAACACUAUCUCCUACUACCAAAACUACAGCUCUCAUCAAGUGAGUAGAAGUGAUGAAGCAGGUUCAGGAAGAAAUUCGAAAAUAAAAUAAAGUUGUAAGACAUUGACCACGGUUCACAACAGUAACAGGAAUCUGUCAAGAAAACAGAAAAAUCAAAGACAUGUAUCAAAUUAAUAGAAAAUGAUGGGCCUUCCUGGAAAAACAUCAAUCUGCACAGGAAUUUAUAAUGAGCAAAUACUGGAAACAAAUGUUUAAGUUGUUAAUGGCUACCAAAAUGAUUUUGAUAUAAUAAUGAAAUUAAGAAAGCACCACUCCAAGGUUGACAUGGUACAUUGUGAAAAACCCUGUAGGGUUCUUCCCUGAUGCACCUCAAAUCACCCUUGACACAACUUAACACGGACAGGAAAGGAAGCAGAAUAAAUAUAUGCACAUGUUGGCCAGAUAACAAAAACAGCUGCAGGAACGAAGAAGCCCACUGAUACUGAUGAGCAAUAUGAUUGCAAAGAACGAAUUUUUCAACUUGAAGAUGAAACAUUCUAAAGGACAUUUUUAUAAACAUUAAUAACUUUAACAGUGAUCUGAGCCUGACGAAGGGCAGAUGAACUUCUGAGUUUAUGAGUGUCUCUUACACAGCCCCUGAAGACCUUCAGGGCUGGCCUAUCAAAUCAGUGAAGGAACAGAAAGAUCUACCCUUUAUUUAAGUUUUAUACUAUUUAUGAGAUGCAAGGAAACUCUGGUGGUAUAGUGGUUAAGAGCUACUUCUGCUAACCAUAGUUAACAAAGGCCUUGGCGAUUGCCUACUUACUUUCCGAUUAAUUUAAAUUUACAUAAAAGAAAAGUCAUCUUUGAAGGAUAUGCAAAUGUUUUUAUAUGCACCAUAAUCAAAAGACCACUACUCAUCUGUCAGCUUGUUGUACUGUGGUUGCUUUUACGUGGCUAUGAUGUUGGAAGUUAAAAAAUUUUUUAUGAUGUUGGAAGUUACCUACCGGUAUUUUGAGUGCCAGAAGGGUCACUUUAUUAGUUAUUUAGUGCCACUAUAACAGAAAUGCCACAGUGGAUGACUUUAACAAGCAGAAGUUUAUUCUCUCACAGUUUAGGAGUCUAGAAGUCCAAAUUCAGGGCACCAGCUCCCAGAGAAGUCUUUCUCUCUGUCAGUUAUGGAGGAAUAUCCUCGUCAUCAAUCUUCCUCAGGCCUAGGAGCUUCUCAUCAGGGACCCUAUGUUGAAAGGAAGCCUUCCGCGCCUGGUGCUUCUUUCUUGGUGGUGUGAGGUCCCUCUCCUCUCUGCUCGCUUCUCCCUUUUGUAUCUCCAAAGAGAGUGACUCAAGACACUACCUAAUCCUGUAGAUUGAGUCUUCCCUCAUUAACACAACUGUCUCUAAUCCUGCCUCAUUAACAUCAUAGAGGUUAGGAUUUACAACACAAAGAAUAAUCACAUCAGAUCACAAAAUGAUGGACAACCACACAACACUGGAAAUCAUGGCCUAGCCAGGUGACACAUAUUUUGGGGGGACACGAUUCAAUCAAUAACAAUCACUCAUGGUGGACAGGUUUCAGUGGAGUUUCCAGACUAAGACAGACUGGGCAGAAGGACUUGGUGAUCUACUUCAGAAAAAAUUGUCCAGUGAAAACCUACUAAAGCAGCUGAACAUUGUCUGACAUAGUGUAAGAAGAUGAGCCACUCAGGUUGGAAGGCACUCAAAAUAAGACUAGAGAAGAGUUGCUUUCCCAAAGUAGAGUCGACCUUAAUGGCGAUGGAUGGAGUCAAGCUUUUGGGACCUCCAUAUAUUAUGGUGGUUAAGAUUGUGUGUCAACUUAGUUGGGCCGUGAUUCUCAGUGUUUUGGCAGUUGUAUAAUAUUGUGAUGACUUCCCUGUCGAAAUAUGAUAUGUGAUCACCUCCAUGAUGGAAUCUGCUGAGUGGUACCGGUGAGGGUGGGACCUGUGGUGGCUCACUGCCCCCUCAGUCUUCAUGUCUCCACCUUCCGCCUUUUCCUUCCUUCCUGCUCACCUUGCAAAAGUUGUUGGAUUGUUCUGGAUCCAGCAGCUGUCUCUUGUCUGACCUCUGGUUCUUGGGACUUGAGCGAGCAGCUUACCUGUCCAUCUUGGGAUUUGCCGAUAUUCACAGCCUGCGAGCAAGAGUCCUGUUCCCCAGCCUGCCUAUCUUGGGUUCUCCAAACCCUGCAGCUACAUGACACAGGAGAAACCUUGCAGUCUUGCCCGCCGACCUUGGGGAUUUCUCAACCUUCACAGCCUUUGAGUGGGAGCCUCCUCUCCAAUGUGCUUAUCUUGGGUUCACUAGCUUCUGCAGGUCUGUGAACUGGGAAAGUCCUCUAUCCUGAUCCAAGGACUUGGCAUGUUCCAACUACUACAAUCGCAUGAGCUGUUUUCUUGACAUAAAUCUCUCUCUACAUAUUUAUACGCUUUACUGGUUUCACUUCUCUAGAGAACCCAACCUAAGACACCUUCAUUUGCUGAUGUGGCACAACUCAAAAUGAGAAGAAACAGCUGCGAACAACCAUUAAUAAUUGGAACAUAGAAUGUACAAAGUAUGAUUCUAGGAAAAUUGGAAGACUUCUACAAUGAAAUGGAAUAAAUAAAGAUCAACAUUCUAGGCAUUAGUGAGCUGAAAUGGACUGGUAUUGGCCAUUUUGAGUUAGACAAUCGUGGUCUUCUAUGCUGGGAAUGACAAAUGAGAGGAAAAGCAUCACAUUCAUUGUCAAAAAGAACAUUUCAAGAUCUGUCCUGAAGUACAAAGCUCUCAGUGAUAGGAUAAUAUCCACAUGCCUACAAGGAAGACCACUUAAUACCAUUUCAAAUUUACCACCAACCGCUAAGGCCAAAGAUUAAGAAACUGAAGAUUUUUCCAGCUUCUACAGUCCGAAAUUGAGGAAACACGCAAUCAAGAUGCAUUAAUAGUUACUGGUGAUUGGAAUGCAAAAGUAGGAAACAAAGAAGUGUCAGUAGUUGGAAAAUAUGGCCUUGGUAGAAAUGAUGCUGGAUAUCGCAUGAUAAAAUUUUGCAAGACCAAUGACCUAUGCACUGAGAUACCUUUUUUCAACAACAUAAAUGGUGACUACACAUAUGAACCUUGGCAAAUGGAAUACAUGGGAAUCAAAUCAACUACACCUGUGGAAAAAGAUGACAGAGAAGCUGAAUACCAUCAGGCAGAACAAGGCCAGGGGCCAGCUGUGGGACAGACCAUCAAUUGCUCAUAUGCAAGUUCAGGUUGAAGCUGAAGAAAAUUAAAACAAUUCCUCAAGAGCCAAAGUAUGACUUGAGUAUAUUCCACUGAAUUUAGAGACCAUCUAAGGAAUAGAUUUGAUGCAGUGGACAUUAAUGAGAGAAAACGAGACAAGCUGUGGGAUGACAGCAAGGACAUCAUACAUGAAGAAAGCAAAAGAUCAUUUAAAAGGCAGGAAAGAAAGAAAUAAAAUGAUGUCAGAUGAGAUUCUGAAGUUUCUAUGACUUUGUCUUGUACAAGUUCCAUAGAUACACCCAGACUCCAUGAAGGACCAAAUUACUGGGUUGAAGACUAUGGGGACCAUGGUCUCAGGGAACACCUAGCUCAACUGGCAUAACAUAGUUUGUGGAAAAGGUGUUCUACAUUCGACUUUGGUGAAUCUGUCUGGAGUCUUGGGAGCUUAUGAGCAACCAUCUAGGAUGAUACUCCAUUGGUCUCACCCCACCGGGAGCAAGGGAGAACGAAGAAAACCAAAGACACAAGGGAAAGAUUAGUUCAAAGGACUGAUGGACCACAACUACCACAGCCUCCACCAGACUGAGUCCAGUACAGCUAGAUGGUGCCCAGCUAUCACCACCAACUGCUCUAAUAGGGAUCACAAUAGAGAGUCCAAAACAGAGCUGGAGAAAAACGUAGAACAAAAUUCUUACACACACAAAAAAAGACCAGACUAGUACUGGUCUGACAGAGACUGCAGAAACCCUGAGAGUAUGGCCCUCCAGAUAACCUUUUAGCUCAGCAAUGAGGUCACUCCUGGGGUUCACCCUUCAGCCAAAGAUCGGAUGGGCCCAUGGAACAAGGCAAGACUAAAGGGGCACACCAGCCCAGGGGCAAGGACUGCAAGGCAGGAGGGAACAGGAAAGCUGGUGACAGGGAACCCGUCAAGAGAGGAGAGUGUUGACAUGUCGUGUGGUUAGUGGCCAAUGUCACAGAACAAUAUUUGUACUAACUGUUUAAUGAGAUGCUAGUUUGUUCUAUAAAACUUCAUCUAAAGUACAAUAAAAAAAAAACAA